AUGCUUAUACAAACAAAGAACAACUGUGGUUACUAUUACAAAAUAUGUCAAAAGCGUAUGAUUCGAUAUACAUAUCAUUGCUUAAAAUGGCACUACAAAGACUAAAAAUACCUAAUAGCAUUAUAGCAUUGAUUACAGAAAUAUUUACA